AUGCGGCUUACAGACCAAGGCUCGAGGCAGGCGUGCGGGGCGCGGCUUACUGCAGGAAGGGCAGGCGUGCGGGGCACGGCUUAUUGCAAGAGGGGCAGGCGUGCGGGCACGGCUUACUGCAAGGAGGGUAGAGGUCGCGCGCGCUUGAGUCCUCGGCGUCAAACUCUUGCAGCAAAAGCAGAAAAGACCAUUAGCCUCGCUCACUCUCGCUCAUUAGCUCUCAAUGGGUUGCGCGAGUAAGAGUCCGUUGUGCGCCCCCUCCUCCUACCCUCCUCCCCCCGACUCAUCGACCGCUCUCCGUCCCUACUCAGCGCCCUCCGACGAACCAGAAUGCGAGUGAUCGUUACCACACCUCUCCUGAGGUCGCUUGCUCGACCGACCGUCUCUGCCACGAUCGCGCAUGCCCGCCUCGUUCGUUCGAGCGUGUCGCCGUCAUUGUUGACUGCCAGUUCGACCACCUCGACGCGCUUCCCCUGUCUCAGCCUCGCGCGCGCUUUCUCCUCGUCGAGAGUCAUUGCGGACGAAGUCGUCGACGCACCAGCAGCAGCAGCCACUGAGGAACCAUCGGACGUCGUCGUCAAAAAGCCUCGAAAGGCCUCGACUAGCCAAGCGGACAAGGACAAGCUCAAGGCGCAAAAGUUGAAGCUCAAGGAGAAGGAGAAGGCGCGCAAGGAGAAGCAGAAGGCCGCCGAGAAGAAGAAGAAGCAGCAGGCCAAGUUGCAGGCCAAGUUGCAGGCCAAGUUGCAGGCCGCGGAGAAGAAGAAGAAGGAGCAGCUCAAGGCAAAGGCAAAGGCGACGCGUACGUCGUCCAGGCCGCGGAACCCGUUGGGGCUGAAACUUGUAUUGAUCGGCCCGUGUUCAUCCGUAACACAGCUAAGCCGAGAUUGACCAGUCGAUUGAACCCGCCCAAGCAACCCAUGAACACCUGGUCCAUAUUCUUGACCCAGUACACCGCCGUGAGUCAUCCACCGCGAGUGUCUCGCCCACCGCCUCCCGCCUACUGGAGCACCCGAUUCGUAAUACCAUCACCGUUCUCGCACUGACGUAUCCUGAACUCUCAAUUUCCAUAACCCGAGCAGGGACGUAAAGCGGCCCACAACCCCGCCGACGGCAAGUUCCCCUCGGUCGCCGAGAUCGCACGCGACGCCGCCCCGGCCUACCGCGACCUGUCACCCUCCGACAAGGCCGAACUCUUGCGCACCGCCGACGAACAAAAGGCCGCUUUCGCCCAAGUCCUGGCCGAAUGGACCGCGUCUUUGACGCCCGAGAUGAUUCGUGAGGAGAAUGCGAUCCGGGCGCGGCGCAAGAAGUUGGGCAAGUCGCGCAAGGGGCCGAUGAAGCUCGAGGGGCAACCCAAGCGACCCCCUUCAGCUUACAUCUUGUCAGUCACAAAACUCGUCUACCAAGGGCUCGGAUUUGUUUCUAAUGCGUCGCUCGUCCUUUUUGGCAGAUGGACGAGCAAGAUCCGAAACGAGCAAGGCGUCGCCGGUGAGGUGUUGAAGGGCGAGACCAACAUCCUCGAGCAGAGCAGGUUGCUCGCCGCCGCAUGGAAGAGCUUGUCGAGUGAAGAGAAGGCCGUACGUUGAUUUUCAUGGCCCAGACGAAUGGGCUGGGCUUCGGGAAGUUUGGCACUGACCCUGGCGUUGUAAUCUCGUUCAUAGGCUCUGGAAGUUGAGCAGAAGGAGGCGCUGGCGGCGUAUCAAGAAGCCAAGGCGGCGUUCCAGGCCAAGCUCAAGCAGAGUGCUUCGGCUUGA